ACUCGAUUCAAUCCGAUCUCUUUACUAAACCUUUCCCCACAGACCAGCUAAGCAACUACGACAGCAUGUCUCAACAAACCAUCAUUCUCAUCACAGGCGCGAAUUCAGGAGUCGGCUACGCAACCGCCCAAAUUCUAGCCGCACACCCAAACCACCAUAUAAUCAUGGCCUGUCGUGACCUCCAGAAGGGCCAAAAAGCCCUCUCCGAACUCCAAAGCAAAAGCCUCAAGGGAACCCUAUCCCUACUCCAGCUAGACGUGGAAGACGACGCCUCCAUAACCCAAGCGGUGCACACCGUAGACGAACAAUUCAAUCGACUCGACAUCCUGAUCAACAACGCUGGCUCAGCCGCACCUAACAGCAGCGGCCGCGCCAGACUGAACCAGAUCUUCUCGACGAACGUGAUUGGUGCAAGUCUGGUCUCAGAGGCUUUCAUCCCUCUCCUCCUCAAAUCAGAAAAACCUUAUCUGAUCCAUAUCUCGAGUGGUCUGGGCUCGAUGAAUCUGGCGGCUGAUCCCAGCAGUAGUAUUUAUGCUGCGCCUUGGGAUGAGUACCGUGCGAGCAAGGCGGCGCUGAACAUGAUUACCGUCCAGAUGCACAAGCGGCUGCAGAGUCGUGGUGUGCGGGUGUUCGCGUUCUGUCCUGGUCUUGUGAGGUCGAACUUGAGGGGCGAAGAUGAGGCUGCUGUUAGUGCGUAUGGAAGAGCUGGGGAUCCGUUGGAGUCUGGUAGAGGGAUUUUGGGGAUUGUGCUUGGGGAGAGGGAUGGGGAUGUUGGUGGAUUUGUUAAUAAGGAUGGUCCGUUGCCUUGGUAG